CGCAGACCUAGGAAGCUCCGGCAGACCUAGACCAAUGUCUUAGGGCCGCCGCUUCCGACGGCGGGUCGGCGGCCUCCUCGGAUUUGGGAGCUUCGGCGGCUUUGUGCCGCCUCAACCCCUUCAUCCUCGUUGGUUGCGGCCUUGCCGCAAAAGAAUAAAGUUAUGAAACCCCAUUUUUUUGUAACAAUUCCUUUUUUUUAAAUAAUUUCUAGUAAGGAUAAAUGUUUUCAAUUUUCUGGGAAAUGGUCCUUCUGGCGAAAAAAUUUCUGGUACAUGGUUCAUUCUGGUGAAAAAAUUUCUGGGAAAUGGUAAAUUCUGGCAAAAAAUUUUCUGGGGAAUGGUUCGUCUGGGGAAAAAAAAUUCUGGGGAAUGGUUCUUUCUUACGAUUGGAAUUCUGGGGAUUUUUCAUUGUGGGCAAUGGUUUUCGGGUAAAUGGAGUAUGUACAACCACUUAUAAGUGCCAAAAGUAAUCAUGAACUAAAUCCCGCCGGAGGCGAUCCAAUUUUCUGACGCGUUUGAAAACCCUUAUUUUGUUCUACGGUAAAUUCUUUACUUCAUCUGAAAACUGUACUUCGAAAAAAUCUCCAUGGGAGGGUUAAAACCCCUAACCCCGCCCCCCCGUUCGCACGGCCUUGGGUGAAAUCAUACGAGGAGGAUCUUAAAACAUCUAACGUCUGCAGUAAACGUUUUCUCCCCAAAGGAGGGUCGAAAACUUCCGCGAUGAUUAUUUGGAUAAUAGCUACGUUGAUAGUUUCUGCCAGUGCCCAGUGGGAUCCGCAUUUCGCCCCAGGUCACAGUACGAUAGUUCAUUUGUUCGAAUGGAAAUGGAGCGAAAUUGCUCUGGAGUGCGAACGCUUUCUGGGACCCCAGGGUUUCGGAGGGAUACAGGUAUCGCCACCGAAUGAAAAUGUGAUUGUUCAACAACCUGGAAACCGUCCGUGGUGGGAACGCUAUCAACCGAUAUCGUACAAACUGAUCACGCGUUCCGGAGAUGAGGCAGCAUUUGCUGAUAUGGUGCGGCGGUGUAAUAACGUUGGUGUGAGAAUUUAUCCUGAUAUCAUUAUCAAUCAUAUGGCACGUGAUCCGAAAUCUGGUCAAGGUACUGGAACCGGAGGCUCGCUAGGCAAUCCUGGUUUGCGAGAUUUCCCCGCAGUUCCUUUCACUUCGCUGGAUUUCAACCCAUCAUGUCAUAUCACCGAUUGGAACAAUGCCUAUGAGGUUAGAAACUGUGAACUAGAAGAACUGCCAGAUUUGAAUCAAGCUAAUCCUUGGGUCCGGGAUAGGAUUGUGGAUUUCUUAAACCAUUUAAUCGAUUUGGGUGUAGCAGGAUUCCGCGUGGAUGCUGCCAAGCACAUGUGGCCUGGAGAUUUGGAAAUAAUCUUCAACAGGUUGCACAACUUGAAUACAGCUCAUGGUUUCGCACCCAACUCGCGAGCUUUUAUGGCACAAGAAGUUAUUGAUAGAAGUGGAUCAGAACCUAUACGAUCAUCUCAUUAUACUCACCUGGGAACGGUAACGGAGUUCCGAUUUUCUGAUUACAUGGCGCGACAAUUCGGUGAUCAUGAUGCCCUAGCCUGGCUUCGAAACUUCGGUGAAGGCUGGAAUAUGUUGCCUUCGAGAGAUGCUUUGGUCUUUGUGGAUAACCAUGACAAUCAACGAGAUCAUGCCCUUACGUACAAAGACCCUAGGCCUUACAAAAUGGCAAUUGCGUUCGGUGCAGCUUAUCCUUAUGGGCAGCUUCGAGUAAUGAGCUCAUUUGCAUUUGAUUAUAGAGAUCAAGGACCACCAGCCGAUGCCAAUGGAAAUCCCAUCCCACCUAGCAUCAAUGAAGACAAUACUUGUGGCAAUGGAUGGGUUUGCGAACAUCGUUGGAGACAAAUUUACCAUAUGGUUAAAUUUAGAAAUCUUUGCUGGGGAACCUCUCUACAAAAUUGGUGGGAUAAUGGCCAGAACAAGAUCGCAUUCGGUCGAGGCAACUGUGGCUUUAUCGCAUUCAACAAUCAGCUCAAUACAGACUUUUUGGAGGUUCUUCAAACGGGUCUACCGGCUGGUGUUUAUUGUGAUAUCAUAUCUGGAGAUAAACUGAACCAUGCUUGUACCGGUAGAAGUUUCACUGUCCUUGCCGAUGGCCGCGCCUCGAUCCACAUUCCGUACAACGGUGAAGAUGGAAUGGUUGCAUUCCACAUCGAGUCCCGUUUAUAAGUUCACAUUGAUACCCAAUUAAGUUCUUCAAAAACAUCACAGUUAUAGGAACACCACAUAUCGGCACAAAGCUUAGAACAGAAGAGAAGGCUGAACGGUAAAAUCCUGUUGUAUUUUCGCCUGAAACAAAAUUUCAGUAUUGAAUAAAUUUGAAUAAA